AUGAUGAGAUUCCAGGUCAAGCCAUGGGGCUCUCUUGCACUUUUGCUGCUGACUUGCAGCGCACUGAUGCUGCGGCCAUUGCUUGCGUCCAACAAGAAUCGAGCCUUGAGGGCCAGCGAAAAUAUUGGCCGAGGAGCCAGUGUCUACAAGGGCAAUGUAACCAUAGAUUUCUACAGAAUGUUUGAGGAGAAGCGUUGGCUGGGAAUCAUCCCUUACAAGGACUACACAAUGUCAAGAUUCCAAAUGGCGGGACAAAUACAUUUGAUGAACUUUUGGUUGGAGGGUCGAGUCAACUUUAUCCUUGGAGAUAUUUACGAGAUUGAUGACCCAUUCUACUAUGACAAUCCAUCAGACCUGAUUUGUGGUGAUGCUCUCAACAGAUUUGCCAACAGGUUUAGUGGCCAAGAUCAAAUCAAGAAUGUAGACCGAAUCAAUGUAUUGGUGGUUCCCAAGUUGGGACGAAAUAUCAAUGGUUGCGCCACUCUGGAUGUUCCCUUAGGAGGGAAUUUCGACACCAAGGCACCAGCAUUUGUACUCACCAGAGACAACACAAUAUUUUACUCGAUUGGGCCUUUUGCCAAGAUUGGAUUCCAGAACCUGCUAGGAAAUACAGUUAGCCAUGAAGCUGGCCAUGUAUUUGGGCUAAGACACACAGACAUGGAUGGCGAUAAUGUACCCCGGGGCAUUGGAUAUUUUGGUUGUGGAUUGAAUCUGAGAUACCCACAGUUCAGGCAAGAUCAAGUUCUGUCCGGUGACUUCAAGUUUUGGGAUGAGGUAUCGGGCGAACUCUACACCUAUGAGGAUUGGCAUGGCCAAUCCAACUUUAUGGCUUCUGGAUUCAGUAUUGGAGGACUGUUCUUGUGGAAAGCUGGCAUAUUUCGAUACAACUACGAGCCAAUCUUUGAUCAAAUUCUGGAAUGUUGGUUUUCCAGGUCCUACUCCAGGAAUAUUUCUGAUGAUCCAGAGAUGGGUGAAACAAUUAUCAUAGAGGACAGGUAA